GGACUGUCCGGUGGAUUGUCUGACUGCAUGAACUUUGUAUUCAUGGCUGCUUCCGUGGAUUAAAUGAUAUUGUUACCUGCUAGGCAGCAGUGACGCAAGAACUCAUGGCUCGCCGGAUCUUGAAUCUCGGGACCUUCCACAUCACCAUACCAUGGCGACGGUGGUUAAGGACAAGGAGGCCUUUUUCAGGGAAUUAGAGCGGCUGGAUUAUCUCAGUGACGGUGAAAAUGAGGAAUUCAGUUGUCUGGUGCAUCUGUCAAGGAAGCGCUAUGAAUGCGUUCCGUCCGAUUCGAUCACUCUGGCCUCAGAUAUAAAGGCUCCCCCAGCGCCGCUGGUGAGAGCUUCUACGGAGCCUUUACUUGCUUCUUCAAGUGUAUCUGAGGUCAGUAUUGAAGAGGAAGUUGAUACUACGUCUGAGCAAACACGAACGCCAGCUGUGACUAGAUCAAAAUCAACAGACGUGAUGCCGCCGAAAGCCAAGACUACCGGUGAUGGCGUCUCUAAAAGAAAGAGACGUGUGUUUAGGGCUAUAGAAGUUCCAGAACACCGGAAGAUACUCAGGGGUUUCAUUUUAUACUACAUCCCCAACAAUGACACAUCAGACCUCCGACGGCUCCAAAUGCAGCGUGCGCGUGAAUACGGUGCCUCGCGAGCAACGGAAUGGAAUGAGACUAUCACUCAUGUCGUUGUAGACAGGUGGCUCACGUACGAGAAUGUCAUGAGACAUUUCAAGAAUAAGCCCAUUCCAGAAAACGUUGCUCUCGUGGACUGUAAUUAUCCUCUCUUAUGUAUUGGGGCCCGCACUAUUUUGGACGCGACUCAAUAUCGCUUUCGGGUCCGUGGUGCACCUGAUCCUAGGGAGGCCAAAGAAUCCUCGCCUGCGCGCGAUCCCUCGUCAAUCGGGUCGUUGCCGAUAAAGCCAGCGAAGGCGAAACGCGGCUACAUUGAUACACAGAGCACCGUUGACGAGACUGACACUGAGCUGUCCGAACCGGAGAUCGACGAACAUCCGGAAGAUAAACAGGUCACCCAUGAACCGGACCGGGAUCGCGAUGCUUUGGAUGAUCUGAUCGAGGAAGCCAAGGCCAUGAAGGACUUACCCUUAGAGCCAGAUUCAGCCGACGAGGCAGCAGCAGCCGAGACAACCGACGACGAGACCUCCGACUCAUCAGACGCCGGGCCAGCGAAGAAGAAACGGAAGACUAUCGAAAAAGACGACUGGCAACAGAAGUUCGCGUGCAUGCAGAGGCACGACGCAAAAUCGAAUUCAGAGAACCCAAACAGCAAAACCAUAGCCAUCCUCCAGCAAAUGUUAGACUACUAUACGCGAACAAACGACCACUGGCGAGUCCUCGCCUACCGCAAAGCCAUCAGCGCUCUCCGAAGACAACCCCAUAAAAUCACCACCAAAUCACAAGCCCUAGCCAUCCCAGGAAUCGGACAACGCCUAGCCGACAAAAUCCAAGAAAUCGUCUUGACCAACCGCCUCCGCCGUCUCGAAAACGCCAACAACUCCCCUGAAGACCAAGUCCUCCAACUCUUCACAGGCAUCUACGGCGUCGGCAUCAACCAAGCAUCCAGAUGGCUCGCCCAAGGCUACAAAACGCUCGAGGACCUAAAAUCCAAGGCCAACUUGACCCCCAACCAGCGCAUCGGCGUAGACCACUACGACGACUUCGCCCAACGCAUCCCUCGAUCCGAAGUCGAAGCCCACGGCGAAAUCGUCCGAAAAGCAGUCCAUACCGCCGACCCAGACAUGCAAGUCAUCAUCGCGGGCUCGUAUCGCCGCGGCGCCCCGGACUGCGGCGACAUCGACCUACUAAUUACCAAGCCCGACGCCGAGAUCCACCACAUCAGAACCGUCAUGAUGGGAUCCGUAGUCCCGAAGCUCCUUAAGCAAGGUUUCCUGCAGACCAGUCUGGCCAGCUCAUCAUCCCGAGACGGGUCCAAAUGGCACGGUGCAUGUACCUUACCAGACAACGAUGAAGAUAGAAUUACCCGCCCCUGGCGACGUAUCGACCUCCUAUUCGUCCCCGACGCAGAGAUCGGAGCCGCACUAAUCUAUUUCACCGGCAACGACAUCUUCAAUCGUAGCAUGAGGCUGCUGGCAAGCAAGAAGGGCAUGCGGCUCAAUCAGCGAGGUCUUUACACGGAUGUGCUACGCGGCCCUCAGCGCGCCAAAAUCAAUGAGGGCCGAUUACUCGAGGGGCACGAUGAGCGCCGUAUCUUUGACAUUCUGGGUGUGCCUUGGCGGCCUCCGGAGCAUCGCAUCUGCUGAUGGUGGACGCGUCUGGGUGGCUGCCUUGACGGGUGACAGAUAAUAUUUCUCGGAGCUGUCGGGAAGGUUUCUGCUUUGCAGGUUGCUUUGUGGUUGGGGGGAAUUCCG